CCAAUCGCAACGAGUGCAUCAAGAAUGAAAACUCGUUGGACGUGCCGAAAACGUAUUUCAGUCGUUAUUUUCAAUCUGGGCAAGUUGGAGUUAACUUCGGCCAUCAAGCUGUGAUUGCAUUUUGUAUACUUUUUAUCAACUGUUGACACGUCGGACAGGAAAGGAGAAAUGGAGAUGCACGUCAGGAGGAAUCAAAAUGUUUACGAUCAGGAAAACAUGUAUGCUACCAAAAAAGUUGGCGCUACAAUACCGACAAAACACUCUGAGCUUAGCAUGCGAGGGGCACUUGGAGAAAUAAACACCAACACAAAUGUUCAAUCUCAACCUGUUAGUAAUGUAGCCAAGGGUACAAUUUCUUGCGAGAUUGAAAAUAAGUGCGCAGAUCGUCGAAUCGCUAGAAGCUAUAAACAUGUCCAAUCCAAAAUAGACACCGGAUUAUCUGUUAAGGGUGUUCAGCCUGCUUCGAGACCACCUCUUAGAAGAGAAGAGAGCACUGGCAGACUUGCAGCUCGGGCUCUAGUAACCAGGGCUGCACCAAAUGCACAGAAUAAGCUAAAUGAAAUAAAAGAAUCAGUGAAUAUAUUUGUACAGUCAAAGAAAAUUGUCCAGGCGAAGAAAAAACUGGCUCCUGUUAAAGAGAACGCUGUAGAAACCAAAAGCUUGAUUAAACCAACUAUCAAAGAACCUACAGAAUCACUUGGCAAGCUUAAAUUGGGUGAUAAUGUUUCAAAAAAAUCUAUUACCAAAGUAAAGGAUUCACCUACGCCAGUACUCCCUAAUGACAUAGAAGACAUAGACGCAAAAGACAACAACGCUCCAUUUCUUAUGACUGAUUACAUUAAGGAUAUAUACAGAUAUUUGACCAAGCUUGAGGAAAAGUAUGCAAUUGAAAAAAACUUCUUGUCAAAACAGCCUGAUAUCAAUGGAAAAAUGAGGGCCACACUGAUAGACUGGUUGGUUGAAGUUCAGAAACAAUUCUCUCUACAGUUAGAGACUUUCCAUUUAACUGUUGGAAUAAUUGACCGCUAUUUACAGGCAGCGAAAAACGUUGGAAAGACUCGGCUUCAACUGGUCGGCAUAACGGCGAUGUUCAUCGCCAGCAAAUACGAAGAGGUGUAUUCGCCUCAGGCGGCGGACUUCACCUUCAUCACCGACAACGCGUACAGCGUCGCCGACGUGCUGCGCUGCGAGCUCGACGUGCUGGCCAAGCUGGGCUACAGCCUCGCCAGGCCGGUACCUUUGAGCUUCCUCAGAAGAUUUGUGAAAGCCGCGCACGGGAACUCCAAAAAUCAUCACCUAGCAAAAUAUUUCGUGGACUUGUGCCUAGUGGAAUACUCGAUGGCGCACUACAGACCUUCAGAGUUGGCCGCUGCAGCCAUUUGCCUGUCCCUGUACCUGCUAUCGAAUCAAAAACUAACGGAGGUGUGGACCCCCACGCUCGUGUACUACUCGGAGUACACUCUAGAACACAUUACACCCAUUAUGCGUGAGAUGGCGAAGAUCGUUAUAAAUGUAGAAAAAUCCAAAUACCAAGCAGUGUAUAAUAAAUAUUUGGAUAUAACAUUGGCCAGGGUGUCAAGUCUACCUCAGCUUAAAGAUGAAGUUAUUUAUCAGUUAGCUGGCAUUGAAAAGCCUAAGCCCGUACCGAUCUCUCCCAUUUUGAAUGACGUAACCAAUUGAUAUACUUGGUAGAUUUUGAUACUUAUGUGUAAUGACUAAUAUAAUAAUAAUUGUCUCAGAUUGUUUGGUCGCUGAUUUUUUUUUUUGUGUGAAUGUAAAAAUAAAAUGUCAAUUUUUGAUUAAGGUUUCUUUUAGAUGUACCUGUUAUUUAAGAUUAUAAUUUUUAGAUGUAAUUGUACUAUUGUUAGAUAUAAUAUAGUGAUAACUAUAAUAUUGACGAUUGAGUUAUAGUAUCAAUCAGAUUGAUAUAAUGACUUCGAAUAAUUUAUUAGUUUACCAAGUUUAUCGUAUCACUAGGUACAUGUAUCGACUAGCAACACUGAGUUAUGUACCGUUAUUUUCACGAACUGUUUGUGCAUUUAGUAAACGCGUACACCCGCAUCUUGCUUGUGGCUAUUCGUAUAGAUGCAUAAUUCCUAAGUAUAUUUAGCAAAUAACGCGGAGUUGUAUAUUUGCCAAAUUGUUUGCUUGCUACGUGUAUAAAUUGCCUAUUUGGCAAAUGUAGCAAUCAAAUACGCCUUAACACAAUUCUUAUCAAUUUUAUAGUUACAUCAAAGAAAUCGUACAGGAAAAUUCGUAACUAAAGUGUAUGCGGCUUUUAUUAUAUCCAUGUCACAGACCACGAAUGUAUCGUGUAUUUGUUCGUAGGUAAGUAAAAUAUUUUGGCAAUAACUGCAAAUAUGCAAUCGCCAAUAUGAAUAGCCAUGUAUGCUCCUAUUAAUUAUUGACCUAUAUUUAUUUUUAGUUUAAUUUUUUAGCAAAUUGCGUUUAAAUUGUUUCCUGUUGUAUUUUCUGAGCUAAAAUAUAUAUUUUCGAAGCAUGAUUAAAAAAUGUUUCACCAUGCUGUGCAUAUUGUUUGAUACUAUUUUCUUAAUAACAUUUUUGCAAAUUAUUAUGAUCACGACUUCUGUUUGGCUUAAUUUCAAAAUACGUGUUCAGUUUGUUCAGUUAUUAUUUGUUCGUAGAUCACAGUCAUAAUUUUUUUAAUGAAAAUAUUGGCUCUCGUAAUAGUAAUAAAGAACUACGUUAACGGCACAUUAAAAUAAUUUAUCACGCCAUAAUAUAGUAGAAUAAAAUCGCAUACAAAUUAGAACAGAAAGCUGCGUAUCCACGAUGAAACUUGUAAAAUCACGUUCAUACGGGAGGAAUACUGCACGUUUUUUUGCAUGAUAUAUAUAUCUUAUCCAAUGCGAAUAGCGGCGCAAACAGAAAAUGAAAACACGAAUAAAAAUAAGUUUUUUUGCAAUACAAACAUCGUGUGGCGUGAAUUAUUGUUCUAUGUGUGGCACUACUAAAAGCCAUAAAGCAAAAUAAGAAUUAUUCUAUACUCAAUAUAACGCGCCAUUAGGUAUCCUGCAAAAAACGUGCGGUGCAAAAGUGUGAACGGGGUCUACCCUCCGCGUGGCUCCCGCUACACGUUUGUAAUGUUUAAAUGAAGACGUUUUUGCCGUUACUGUCAGCCGUCAGUCGUUCCUUCUGCUAAGACUUAGGUUUCCUUAUUGAGUGUGGGAAAAUAUUUACAAAUUCAGGAUAAGAACGCAGAGCGCUAUAGGAGCGCGUACCUAGAUCAUAAUAUGCAUGGACAUCGCGCGGCACUAAAUGCGUUGACUGAACUGAUAUAGAAGGGACACUAAUAUUAAUAAUAUAUUUUUAAUGAUUGUAUAAUUUUUUUGAAAUAAAAUGUAUUAAAUAAA